AUGAGCGGGCAAGGGUGCACAAACAGACGUGCCGGUGGCAAAAUCAACGAUAAAAAUCACGCCAUAGACAAUAUCCUGGGGCUAAGAACCAAAACAGAGGACAAAGCUGAGUGUGAGGCUAUAAACGACACAAUAGCCACGGGCAGACAAUUAACUGCAACGAAGAUGACCAAAGAUUUCAGACUGAACAGCAGACAGGCGAGCGAGUCUCUGGCAGACAUCCCCAAGAAAAAGUCAAGGUACAGGACAACAUUUACUGCUGUCCAAUUAGAGGAAAUGGAAAAAGCCUUCCAGAGGGCUCCUUACCCAGAUGUCUUUGCGCGGGAGGAGCUGGCGCUGCGGAUUGGACUCGUCGAGUCACGUGUUCAGGUUUGGUUUCAAAAUCGGAGAGCGAAAUGGCGUAAAAAGGAAACACCUCGGAAAAACGCACCUUACCCUUCUAUCGCUCUGCCUUGUCUACCCCAAGCAAGUAGUGGGAUUGUCAACCCGACGUCGUGUCCUUACCCGUAUGAUAGAUGGCCAUCAACGUCACCUGACGCAACGACCCCAUUUUGUCACCCACGUUUCAUGUUUCCACCAAUGUCACAAAGUACCUAUCCAUUUCCGCUUUAUAUUCCACCGUACAGUUUCAGCUCCAGUUCCGGGUUUUCAGCGUCUUCGUUGAUGAGCCACCUCUCACUGGCCUUCAGUUCACCCGAUUAUACUUCACCGAACCAAGCCUACGCCAUGAACGAGGCAGGGUUACGUCAAAACGCCGUGCGGAAGUUCAAAACCAUGAAAUUUGAAGGAACAUAAGAAUAUCUGGCGGUUGGUGACAAGAUGUUGUAGGAGGAGGCUUUGCAGAAGAUGCAAAGACAAAUUAACUUGUUUAUUGACAUAUUUGUUUUACCUCUAAUACUUUUAGAUAUAGAUAGAUAUAUUUUUGGAAAUAAAUGCGUUAUAAGCAACGCACACAAAUAUGUAUGAUAUAAUACUGUGCUUACUGAUACUGUAUCCGAGAGUGAAUUCUAGAAACAUUUUUAAAAUAGGUCUAAACAUAGUCUAUACAUUCAAAGACAAAUGGCCUUUUUGAAAUAGUUCGAAAGAUAAUCUGUAAAUUCCGAGAAAAUGACUUUGUUGAAAUAGUUCUAAACAUAGUCUGUACAUUCAGAGGGAAAUGACCCUUUUGAAAUAGUUCUAAACAUAAUCUACACAUUUCGGGACAAAUGAACUUUUUGAAAUAGUUCUAAACACAAUCUGUACAUUAAGAGAUGAACUUUCCUCCCAUAUUUUAAUAUUUAAUACAGACGAGGGUAAAUACAUGCUGAUUAGAACGUAUAUAUUUAUUUUUUUAUUUGAUUGGUGCUUUACGGCGUACUCAAGAAUAUUUCACUUACAUGACGGCGGCCAGGGUUAUGGUGGGAGGAAACCGGGCAGUGCCGGGGGGAAAUCCAGGACCAUCCGCGGGGUUGCUGACAGAUCUUCCCACGUACGGACGGAGAGGAAGCCAGGGUGAGCUGGACUUGAAGUCACAGCGACCGCAUUGGUGAGAGGCUUCUGAGUGAUUACGUUGCACUAUCGCGCUAAUCAACUGAGCCACAGAGGUUUUUCCAGAAUGUAUAUAAUACACAGAUCUCAAACUAACUCUGUACAUAUUAGCAUCUGUA